AUGAUCAAAUAUUUUACCCUCCUACCAGACAGGUCAACCUCUUGGCUUUUAAGAUGUGUCAAGGCAAUGAAACACGAGUCUCAGAAAUCCAUCUACUUGGAGUACAAGGUCUAGGCAACUUCAAACUUCUAUUCUUCACUAUCCUACUUCUAUUAUACAAUGCAAUAGUGACUGGAAACCUUUUAAUUAUCCUUCUAGUGUCAACAAAUAGUAAUUUCAAAAUUCCAAUGUUCAUCUUUCUCCAGCACCUUGCUUUCGCUGAUGCCCUCCUAGCCACUUGUGUUAUACCAAUGAUGGCAGAGAUAAUAUUAAAGACAAAGGGGAUAAUGUCUGUUGUUUGCUGUAUCACACAAAUGUAUUUCUAUUAUAUGUUUGGGUUUGUGCAAUGUUUUCUUCUUGCUGUAAUGUCUUACGAUCGAUAUGUAGCUAUUUGUAACCCUUUACAUUACAUUUUAAUUAUGGACCGCAGAGUAUGCUUCCUGUUGGGUUAUGGUUGUUGGGUAUUAAAUUGCAGCCUAUGUUCAAUUGAAUUUAUUUGGAUAACUCAGUUUGAUUUUUGUGGCCCCAGUGACAUUGAUUAUUUCUUUUGUGAUUUGGGCCCAGUUAUGCAAUUGUCCACCUCAGACACGUCUAUCGUACAAUGGCUAGACUUCACAUAUUCUGUCCUAGUCUUAUUCUGCGCUCUUACCUUUAUCAUCGGCACAUACAUCUACAUUUUUAUGAUCAUUCUCAAGAUUUCAUCUUCUACUGCCAGAAAAAAAUCCUUUUCAACAUGCAGUGCCCACCUGAUCUCUGUGGGUGCAUAUUAUGGGUCCUUAAUCACUAUUUAUGUGACUCCAUCCAAUGAAAUGUCACCUAACGUGAACAAGUACAGCUCUUUAUUGUACAUUGUGAUGACCCCAUUGAUGAACCCUAUCAUAUAUAGCCUGAGGAACCAGGAUAUAAGACAAGCUCUUCAUAAAAAGUUGAGGAAGAGAGCAGUGAAGCAAUUUGGAUAGAGAAAUGUGAAUAU